UUAUGGCAUCAUCAUCAUCAUUGAAUAUGCGUUUCAAUAAUUUUUUAUUUAUUAGUUACAUAUAUAUAUAAAUAUAUAUAUAGAAAAUAUUUGGCUUUUGUUUUUUUAUAAUUUAUAUAUAUAUGUAUAUAUAUAUAUAUAUAUAUAUAUAUAUUUAAUCAAAUGUUUUUAUAAGAAAAUAGAUCUUUGAGUAAUUGCAGUUGAGUUUGAUAAAAAAAAAAUAAGAAAAGAUCAUAUGAAUAUUUAGAGGAACGAAGAGUCACAAUAAUUCUCUUUUCUUUCUAAAGAGGAAAAUAAAAUUUAUGUAUCUUAUUUUAAUAAAAAAAAAAAAAAUAAAACAAAAAAAAAUUAUUCUUUAUAUUUCAUUGAAAUUUUUUGUUGUAUUGUCAAAUUCUACAAUCUCAACAUUUUUUAAUAUUUUUCUAUCAAUUUAUAUCAAAAAUAAAUAUUUCAAAUAAUAUACACAUACGGAAUCUCUUAUUAUGUGCAAUAUUAAACAUUCAAACUAGUUAGCAACAAAAAAUUUAGUAUAAUUCAUUAACUUUACACAAUAAACUCAUUAUUGAAAAAUUCAUUUUAAACAUAGUUGUUGUAAUGUUAGGAGAAAUUUUAAAAUGUGUGUGUUCCAGUGGUGAAAAUUGUGCGAGACAUGGCAAUAUAAAAUGCCUUUUUAUGCCAAAUUUCGAAAACUUUGCAGUUUAAAGGUAAUAUACAUAUAUAAAAAUAUAAACAAAAGAAAUAAUAAAUUUACAAAAUUCAAAUCGGUGGCUCGUAUGAAUUAUAUCACACAAUAAAAGCAAUGCCGAAUUUGACAUUAAAUGUGUUUAUAUCCCAAUUCUGCUGUGUUCUCUUCUAAUAUUAUUGAAAUAGUUAUGUUCUAAUAUUAGCCAAUUCACAAAUUUCCUAAAAUAAGUUUAUGGAUAUAUUUACAACAAUUUCUACAAAAUGUCACAAACUAAGACCUAUAAGACUAUAUACUUACAAUAAUAACAUUUCUUUUUAUUGCUUUCUUUUUCCUAGAAAGGAGCUACAGAUAAAGUAUCCAUUUCGAUCUAGCAAAAAAUUUUAAAUUAAUAUUGAAUUAUUUAUUUUAUGAUUUGGUUAAAAUUACGGUUUUAAAUGAUUAUAUACCAAAGGCAAUUUGUUGUUGGUGUCAAUUUAGUGGCAUAUAUCUCACAGAAUGGCCUUCACGGAGAAAUUUAUUUUCGACAAGCUAAUACCACAUAUGUUGAAAUAAAAUCAAAGCUGGAAACAACAUUACAAUAUCCAGAACAAUCAUGGAGUUGGGCUGUACAUCAAUUGCCAGUUAUAUAUACCGAUACUGAUCCAGUUGGACGUUGUGAUUUAAGUAAUAUUGGUGAAAGUUUUAUACAAUUUGAUGAUGAUUUAGGCUAUUUAACAUUGCCGGGUAAUGAAACCUCAACUUGGUACAAAGAAAUAAAACUAACAGGAGAAAAUGGAAUUUGGGGGAGAUCAUUGGUUCUAUCGGAUGGUAAUACGAGAAUUUGUGCUACAAUUACAACUGUCGAACAAAAUUUAGAGCAUAUGGCAGAAGCAAAAUUUCAGACACCAAUUGCCGGUUCAGUAUAUUUCAGAUGGCUUGCAUCUGCUGAAAGUGAUCAUAGCGAUACUUUAAUUUAUUCAAACGUUUUUCACGUACGAAAAACUGAAUCAAAAUUUGCAUUCAAAGGCUUUACUGAACACAGAUGGAAAAUUUAUGUAACUGAUAUUUUUGAAAACGAUCAUCACCGAAGUGAAGAUAAUUGUAAUUUUUUACAAUUAGUAUUCGAUCCACAUGGUUAUGGUGAAAAAGAAGGUUUAGGUGAUUUAGAUGAGAGACUCGGUAAAUUAAAAGUGGCUAAUAACGCCUUAAAGAAGACAUUUAAAAAAAUGUAUCGUGAUGUUAAACUAGCAUUGUUACCAUCAGAUUUAAAUAUUCCACAUAGAACCUUAUAUUUAGUAUUAUUUGAUCAUUCCCAUCCAGACAAUUUUAUGGCAUGUUCUAAAAUUCGUCAUGUCAAACCAAUCUUUUAUAAAACAUUACUAAAUGCUAAUGGAAUCAAAGGAGAAAUUAAUUUUAGUCAACGGUCAACGUUUGACCCUACAUUUUUAAAUUUCACAAUAUCGUCAGCAAGCACUAAAAGAGAAGCAAAUCGUGAAUACGCAGCUGAUGUUGCAAGUAUUGCAAUACACGAAUUACCGCCAUAUCCUAUAAAAGUUGGUCAAACUGAUUAUUGCAAAAGUAGUGGAGAGGUAUAUAACCCACGUGAUCUCGACAAAAGUAAAAUACCGCCACCUGGUUAUGGUACACAAGAUCAAUAUCCGAUAGGAGACUUGACUGGAAAACUUCAAAGUAGGAAUAAAGAUUAUUAUCAUAAUUAUAUUCUUCCUGGUACAGCAGAGUUAAGCGGGAUAUAUUGGGAUGUAUUUCUCCCUUUAAGUGGUGUUAAUAGCAUUUAUCAUCGUGGUAUAAUUUUGAACAGAUAUAAUAGAACUGAUCCUGCAAAUAUAACUGAAACACACUGGGCAUGUGGUACAAUAAUGUUUUAUCAAAAAAACGGUCUCCAGCAGAAACAAAUUUUUACUGCCCAAGUACUAUUUCGUUAUCCAAUUGUCGGUAGAAUAUUAUUUAGACAACCAAAGGAAGAACCUUGGCAUGAUACUGUAGUUUUAAUUGAAUAUUUAAUUCAUGCUGAUGGUUCUAAUGUAAAUAAUACAGAUUCUCAUCGAUGGGCAAUUCAUGAAAAUCCACCUGGAAAAGACUUUUACGAUUGGCAGAAUCGUUGUAAUAGUACCGGUUCUAUAUUAAAUGCUAACAAAGUAUUUUUACAAGAUAAAAAUCCUGAAGACUAUUGCAAACCUUGGCUAGGACAAAUGUGUCGUAUCGGAGAUUUGCAAAAUAGAUUGGGAACAAUAUCGAUUGCAGGUAGCAAAAAAAACUCUGCAUUAAGUCGAAGGAUUUUUAUUGAUGGAAAUUUACCAUUAAGUGGAAGGCAUAGUAUUUUGGGAAAGUCUAUUACUAUUUAUGAUGAUAAUGGUCCAAAAGCUAGAGGGGAACGAUUAGCUUGUUCAAUAAUUUUAGGCCAUUAUAGAAGAAAAGUUGUAGCGAAAGAAUGGUAUCCGAAUGGAACACCACUCACAGUUAAAGGGAAAUUGGAGGUAGUCCAACAAUCAGAAUAUGACAUUAGUAACGUGGAAGUGGAAUUAAAAGGAUUAAUUGAAAAUAGUGGAUAUCACAUUCAUAUAACACCUGUGGAAGCAAAUUUAGAGUUCCCUUGUGAAGGUUCUUCCUUGUAUGAUCACUGGAAUCCAAGGAAAAUCAAUCCUAAAACUUCUCCUCCUCCGAAAAUGGGUAGUACUGAUCAAUAUGAAAUGGGUGAUUUGAGCGGUAAAUUUGGAACACUUGAAGGCUUAACUCAAUAUGAUGAUAGUUAUAAUGACACAAAUCUUCCCCUAUUUGGUUAUGAUGCUAUUAUUGGUCGGUCAAUUGUAAUUCAUAAAAAAGAAAAAAAUUUACGUUGGGCAUGUAGCACCUUAGAACGCGGCUAUAGUGCAUCAGAAGCUCGUGAAAUCAGAGCUAUCGCAUCUUUUCAUAAUCCAGCAGGAUAUGCCUACGGCUACAUGAGAAUGACUCAGUUAAUACAUAAUGAUGGAAGUGCGAGUGAUACAGUAAUUGAAAUCAAAUUACGACAUCCAGGAAAGAAUGAUCGUAAUAUGACCUACAAUCAUAAUUGGCAAAUUUAUGUUAAUCCGGUUGGUGUAGAUGCUGUGGUAAAACAAACGAUUACAAGAUGUGUUGCAGGGGGAUAUGUUUGGAAUCCAUAUUAUACACAGCUUGCCGAUCCAUUAAAUGUUGCGUUGUAUGAACAAGAAUGUGGUCCUGAUAAUCCGUUAAGAUGUUAUGUAGGAGAUGUUUCUGCUCGGAUAGGAACUCUUGACUUAGGUGUUAAAAGGACAGUAGUUACAGAUCCAAAUUUUCCACUUGAAGGGACACAAAGUGCUGUUGGUCGUUCAAUUGUUAUAUUUGCUCCCGAAAAAGGAAGUGAAAGAUAUGCCUGUGCCAAUAUAGAACCUGAUCAUAAUAUUGUAAAAUAUGUUAAUUUACAGAGACCUCCAAGAUUUGUUGUAGCCCAAUUUUUAGAGGAUAUUCGAGAAGUACUCGGUGUUCCUGACUGGAUGUUGGAUACGGAUGCUAGAAAAACAAAAAUACUUCAUGGUGGCUCUUGCAUUACAAUGAUUAUGCACUUUAAGGGCCCAAUAGCUCACAGAUUGGAGCAAGACUUUUCAAGAUUGCUCGUAAAUGGAAGACUUGAUGACCCAACGCUUUAUAUACCAGGUUACAAUAACGCGAAACGAAAGAAAACAGUUUCGUAUAGAACUUGCAGUGUUCGAGACCCAAAUGAAAAAAAAAAAAAGAAAAACUAUUUUUCAAGAAGUCAUAGCAUACAACCAAAGAUGUCUUAUUCUGCUUUCUUCCUUAUGUUAUUAACAUUUUGUUGUAAAUAUUUUAUAAAAUUUGUAUAAGAAUUCAUAAAAUAAAUUGUCAAUGUAAUAUAUAUGUGUAU